AUGCCACGCCAGAUCCUCCGAGCGGCUGUACACCAUCCUGCGAUUGCCAUUCGUCCCGCUAUCCUGUCGUCGCCGGCCCUUCGACGGGCUGCACAUCUCCCUCGCCGUUGCUACCCCGUUAUGCCAUCCUUCCUCAUAGGGAUCCUAGCGCGUGGUCGCCUCAUCUAUGCUGGAUGCGCGCUCCGCUGCUACAUCGAGCUUGUCUAUACCAGCCUUGUCGACAGCUCUCGUCGUUCAGAGUGGCACAGAGGCCGUGGCGGCGUUAGUGUGGUGUGUGGGAGAGGGUAUUGGGAGGGCAGGCAGCGCUGGUGUGACGGCGAACAGACACGUCCUGCGAUUCAAGUUCGCCAGUCGACACCAUGCCGCCUUCGCGCGACGGGAAUUCGGGAGUUCGAAAUUAGGGACCUGGUGUUCGUGUUCAUGGGUGAUACAGGACCCGCAGCCCUUGCACACGCACACGCACACACACACCUUCGAAUGUUCGAACGCCGCCACGACGAAACACACUGGCGCGACGCUGGAAUAGCCGGCGCUCGUGCCUUCGUGCACGGCAUUCGUUUGCGCGUCUGUCGUUUGGCGUCUGACGUGUGGGGAACUCGGUACCAGAUCGGGAGGGGGUCGAGCGUGCCGUCUGCGUCUGCGUCUGUUCGCAGCGAAGUGCGCAUGGUUGCGUCGGGGACGCGUCUCGGCGAUGAAGAGAGUGGGUGCGACGGGGCCGGGGUGAGGAUGUUGACGGUGAUGUUGAUGGGCGAGGGAGUGGGGAUGCAUGGGGAAGGCCCACUCCGUGCAGCAACGCCCGCGACACCGACAUACAGCCCUCCGAAACACGGUCCCAAGACGAAGUGGCUGCUGUGGAGGACGUCAGAAACGAUGAAGCAGGGAAGCUCUCUGUCUCUCGUUUGGACUGGGCUGGCAGGGCCGUUGUCGUUGGCGGCAUGGCGUCAACUGCCAUGCAGUGAUUCCACGGGGGACACGCCGACGAAGAACGGGAUGGAGCCAGAAGGGGAUGGGAGUAGGAAUACCUUGAGAGACGGCGCAACGAUGGCAAAGGGCCCGAGCAGCACCGCCGCCACAUAUCCUCUCAUCCCCAUGUCUGUCGCCUGGGCACGAUUGUCGAGAUGGCGUUUGACGGCUGCCUACAUCGUCACUUCUCUCUCGUGCCCACUACCGCCUACCUCGUCCGUCACGCCGCUUCUUGCAGAGUCGGGACUCCGUGGUCGUCUCCGUGUCGUCUCCAGGCUGAAUGUGCUUGGUGGGGGCCAGAUGGCGGAUAAUGGAGCUACUUCGCUCCCCGUCGUCAUCCCAGGUGGAAUGAGAUCCCACCAGCGUCUCGCCGCCAUCAAUCGUGCUGUCUUGGCCUGGAACGGAGCCGUUCCAGAGCGCUUGUCAUUGUCGUUUAAGUGGGAGAAUCUGGGGAAUGAGGGAGGGGACUGUAUACUUGGUGGCGAUAUGGAGGAGAACAAACGUCGAGUCCAUCCAACUCGUUUUGGGAUAACGAAGAGUGUAUUCGUUGUCGCCAAAAGCUCUCUCGUUCAGCGACUGGUCCACGGCCCGGGAACGGAUGGAACCCGGGAGUGGGACACAGACGAACUCCUGAGAUAG